AUGAUGUACUAUGUGUUACGUGUCGUCUUCCACUUCCUUGUGACAUUACCCGGAAAUUGGGUGAGAAGUGAAUCGCAGAAGUGUUGCCCAGGUCAGGACCAGUAUGGAGUUUACGAUCGAGAGACAGGUGUGACCAAGUGUCAUGUUCGCACCACCAAUGAGACAAUUGGACCUCCCCUCUUGCCAGACUGCGAAGCGGAGGUCAAACUAGUCCUAGACCAACCUGACCCUAGCCUCCUAGCUAACACUCCUCAUUGCCAUGAUGAAUUCCUGGAGGGGAACGCAACCUUCGUCAAGGCGUUUCUUCUCUGCCACGCUCAGCCUGAUAUUGAUCCUACUCCUGUCCAAAGCCAAGAAGGGAUAAACAUCAUCAUCCGCAAAUGCUGUCCUUUGGAAGAGGGCUAUGAUCUGCACCAGCAAAAGUGCGUCCCCCGUCCCUUCUCCUGGUCGCUCCCGGUAUUAAAUCCAGAGACAAUGGAGAUUCGGAAUCUGUCUUCAGAUCAAUUUCAAAUCAAAAUCGACGAUCUAUCUUCCAUCUCUUGUACCAAAGACAUGCUGCUUCCAAAGAAAGAUCCUCGGGAGACGUACAAUGUGUUAUAUGACACGGGACACCUCUACCUCCCAGCCUCAAAAGUCACAUAUUCUCCUGAAGAGUUCUGCCUCGAUCACGGUCGUCUCGAGAAUGGAUCUUGGAUCGACCUAGCUCGCAUCUGCGACCGUAAAGAGAAGAUCCUCAAGGAAUGCAAGGGAAAGGUGUGUGUUCAAAAAUGCUGUGUCGAGACGGAUAUCUUAAAUGCAUCCAAAGAGGCAACUCAUCCAUGCGGCCCAGCUGAUAGGCUCUGGGAUUCUAAGAAACAUUUCCAUCCUCAUCCUCCUGCAGAAGUCCACGUGAUCACGAAUUUCCCCAUAUGUCCCGGAAUGACGGAAGGAGGAAUUCUAUUAAGGCCAACCACGAAUGAUACAUUCUAUGUGACAAGUACUGGAGUGUUGAUGGUGGAGAAAUACAAGGCCUUCCAUGUCCCUGGAUAUUGCAUCGAUGAUAUGAUGACUAGCAACGAGACUUUUGAGCCUGUUGCAGUUAUCUGCUACCCUGAAGCCUCUCCUGGAAAGGAACUCGUUUAUAAAAUUUACUCCGCACUUCUCGUCGUGUCGACCGUGUUCCUGUUUAUCACAUUUCUCCUUCAUCUGAUUUUACCGGAACGGAAAAGCCUCCAUGGGAAGACAAUAUUAUGCUACGUGGGCUGCCUUCUGGUGGCCAGCAUCGCCCUCUCCAUCGCCCGGUUUGGCACCGAAAAAGACAUCCCCGAUUCUCUCUGCCUCAUUGCCGUUUUCACGAUCUUCUACUUCUAUCUCUCCACAUUUUUCUGGCUCAAUAUCAUCAGCUUCGACAUCUGGUAUAGCCUCAGUGAACUGAGGGAACGCAUCCACGAUCAAGGGCACGAGAAGAAGGUACUCAUCCGUUACAGCCUGUAUGCAUUCGGAGUGCCGAUGUGCAUCGUUGCGAUAGCGUGCAUCGUGGAACACGCACCAAAUAUUCCCACUAGCAUCAUCAAGCCGGGAAUCAACCCGCAAAUACGAUGCUGGCUCCAUGGUAAUGUUCAUGCCAGAGAUACGGCUCAGCUGCACCGGAGCCGAUGCCAGACUCAAAAACAGAAGUUCUUGGUGUACAUAAAGUUGUUUGGGGUGAUGGGGCUAAGUUGGGUGACGGAAGUGAUAAGCUACUUCAUCAAGGAGCCCGCAGUGGUUUUCAUGUUCACAGAUAUCAUCAACAUCCUACAAGGAUUCUUCAUCUUCCUCAUCUUCGUUUGCAAGAAAAAAACGAUCAGAUACCUGAAGAGAAAAGUUCAUAAAUGGUUUUCUCGACAUGACAGUAUGAGUACUUCACCUGGGAGUAAUUCGGGAUCAAGAGGAAGCAAUCAACAAUCGAUUCCAUCGUCCACACCCGAUGCCAAAAUCCCUAACACUGAAAUGAACUAUUUCAAUUCCGCGUUUGACAACAGUGAAAUCCCGGAAUCUUGUCCAAAGACGACUGACAGGAGUGACAGCACAGUCACGAAGAGUACUGAUAUAUCGGACACUUCCACUUGAAAGGAAAUAUGGCCUUCUUUCCCCGAGCUCUGACAUUAUAUUCAUGCACUUAUUUUCAUUUUUAAAACGUUAUGUGACUGGUAUGAGAUAAAAUGCCUUUGAGUCUUC